CCCCCCGUUUCCGGUCUGGGUGACGCAAUGACGCAGUGGCUCCCUCGCAGCGCCGUCGGUUCGCUCGAUAACAAUAAACAACCCGGAGAGAGGAGGAGGAGAGACGCCAGGAGGACCUGCCGCCUGGAUUCGACACAAACGGAUGUUAAAAAGAUGACCUAAAGCCACAGAAGCGGCGUACUUCAGCUCAUGACACGGCGCUGGACCCUCGUCGUUUCCUGACACGAAGGAUUUGGGGGUUUUUGUGUCAGGGGGGGAGAGAGCGAGAGCUACGUCUCAGCCCGCUGCUAAUAGCCAUUUUAGUGCGGCUAACGCGGUGCACCUCGCUCCUUGUCUGCACACUUUGUCUGGGUCUGUUAUGCUGGUGCCGGAGGACCGGAUUCGCUUUUGUCCUCUGCGUUCCCUCCUCACCCCGCUGUCUCCGGCCUCAUGUCUCGCUGGCUGUUCCCCUGGUCGGGCUCAAUCAAGAAGCGGGCCUGUCGGUACCUCCUGCAGCACUACCUCGGUCACUUCUUACAGGAACGACUGAGUUUGGACCAGCUGGGCUUGGACUUGUACAAUGGCAGCGGGGUCAUCAAGGAAAUCAACCUCGAUGUUUGGGCGGUCAAUGAGCUUCUGGAGUCUCUUGGGGCACCUCUUGAAAUCGUGGAUGGAUUUGUUAGCAGUAUAGCAGUGACCAUCCCAUGGCAAGCACUGGUAACCGACCACUGCACCCUAGAAGUUUCUGGACUACAAAUAACAUGCCGACCCAAGUGUCGGACAAGUGGGGGUUGGGACUCCCAAGGCUGGUCCUCGAGCAUGACCUCCAGCAUGCAGUUGGCUCAGGAGUGCCUGAAGGACCCCCCAGAGGCGUCCGAGGAGCCACCUGCACCGCUGGAUGGUCUAGAGAUGUUUGCACAAACCAUUGAGACAGUCCUUCGUCGUAUUAAAGUCACUUUCCUGGACACCAUCGUCCGCAUUGAGCACCAGCCCCUGGACCUGGAAACAGGCAUUGCCUUAGAGGUGCACAUAAAACGGCUGGAGUACUGUGAUGAGGCAGUGCGUGACCCAGCCAGCCAGACUACCGUGCCUGUGGACAUCCACCAGCCCCCGGCCUUCCUGCACAAGAUCCUCCAGCUCAGCUCCGUACAGCUCUUCUAUGAGAGCACCGGAACCGCACAGGGGUCUUCAGCAGGUGUCCCCUCAGAAUCAGCCAUGGCUAGUGAAGGGGAAGAUGAGGAGGAAGAUGAGGAAGAGGAAAAACCCUCAUCGGCCCCCUCCUCCCCUCCUCAGGAGCCACUCCUCAUAGGAAACUGCUCUGGUUUCAUAGAGACCACCGUUAAGAUCAAGCAGAAUGACAUGCUGCCCGGACCAAAGUUGGAGUUGGAUGGGAAGGUGGGCUGCGUCCACCUGCUGCUGUCUCCUCAUCAAAUAACCCAUCUGACGGACCUGCUGGCAGCCGUCUGCAUAGACACAGAGCCAGAAAGUAAAGGAGCGGGGGUGCAGAGCCGUCCUUUAGACUCGGAGGACCUGCGUCUGAUUGAGGAGGACCUCAGCAAGCAGCUGGGCUCCAGUCCAAGGGACAGGGACUGGGACGACGAGGCCGACCCAGAUGCCUAUCUCAGCAGCCUGGAGAAUGGAGAGAUGUUCUACUCCAUGGGUCCUGGCGGCAUGAGCAGCAGUGUGACGUCGGUACGCUCCGGCAGUGAGCUCUCAGACAGCGAUAUGGAGUCAUCGGCAUACAGCCUGGCCAGCCUCACACAGCCUGCGGGGCUGUCUAUGCAGGGCACGGUGAGGUAUCCCAAGCGGCAGCCUGUAGCGGGGUCUCAGUCCGGUGUGCCUCAGGCCAGCAGCCGCACCAGAGGGCAGUCCCACGGUAGCCAGUCUGAGCCGCUGAAGCCUGACGCCUUGCUGCGACUAACGCUGGGAGGACUCACCGUCACCCUGCUGCAGGUGGACCCGCCCGCCGGUCCCGACGGAGCCACCUCAUUGGACCAGGUGUCUCGGGUCUUCUUCCGGGAGCUGGCUUUUUUCAAGGACAGCAUGUUCAGUGAGAGAGAUUUCCACCACCUGAGAGGCAGCUUCGCCAGGGCCUGCCCACAUUCCCACCUCAGGAUAACGGGGGCUGCAGUGCAGGUUGCCUGUGAGAUGCGGAGCGGUAGCCGUCACAGUCGAGCCAUGACCUCUGACCUGUCCUUCAGUAGGCUGGAACUAUUAGAGUGUCUCUGGGAGGACGGCAAGCCACAGUACAGCGAGCUGCUCCAGUUCCAGAGAGCUGGUCUGUUCACGGUGGGAGCUGCCGCCCGGCCCUGUGCUCAGCUGCAUUAUGGACUAAUGGAGAAACCUCUGCGCAAGGGUAAGCAGCGGGUUGUGCGUCGUGACAGCGUUGUGAAGGUGGAGCUGGCAGAGCUGAGUGCUGAGCUGGACCUGGACAUCCUCACUCGCCUGGGGAACCUGAGCAAGGCCUUCAACCACUGUCCCACACAGACCACUGGACCUCUGCACAUGCAGACCCAGAGCAGUGAGCUGUGGUCCUCCUUCUUGCUCCUUUCCCCACAUGCGAUUCUCCGGCUACGCUUCCCCGUGCCAGACCUGAGACCCCCGCCCAAGCGCCGACCCCCGACCCAGAGGGUGGUGCGUCAGGAGACUUUGGUGCUUGAGCUGACGAACCUGGAGCUGAAGCACCAGGAGGCCCCGGACCUCCAAGGAGAGCAGGCUGCCCCGGGAAAGCCUCUGUCGCCCUGUCUUACCCAGCUGCUAGAGGCCUCCUUCACAGACAUGCAUGGAGCGUACGAGGGCUGGGAGGGAGGCCGUUUCCCCUGCGUCAGGGUAAAGAAGAGCCAGGACGCUGUGCCCAGGAUCUCGGUGCAUGUGAAUGGAGGCGAGGCCCAGGGCCCCGGCGGAGUUCUGGGCGGGCUGGGCAUCGGCCUGGUAAGAGACUUGGGGGCCAUGUCAUUUGAGAGUGCCUGCGAGCUCCGUGAGAAAACCAGCUCUCCCUUCUCCUCCAACCGAACCAUGUUUGAGACGGAAGAGAUGGUGAUUCCAGCUGACCCAGAGGAGAUGUGUCAGUUCCAGGCCCAGUGUGUGUCCCAGUGCCAGUGUGCCAUUGACAUUAGCCUGCCUCUGGCCUACAUCCUCCUGCCCAGCAAACAGGCCUUCCAGAGCAUUUACAAUAGGAUCAACAAUGACCUCUUGAUGUGGGAGCCCCCUCCCCCUCCCUCCUCCCACAGCCCACACCCUGGCCGCCAUCACCACCACGAUGAGUUUCAGCUCUGCAAGUCAGCCUUCAGACUGGACUCAGAUUCUGAUGAGGAGGAGCCUCGGUUCCUCCCGGCCACCGAAUCAGCCAAGGAAAGGCGGUCAGAGCUCCGCCCUGACCACACCCUCAGCCUCCUUACCCUCACAGUUAUUAUUGGCAAGGGGCGCCUCCAAGCCAUGACGGACAAGAUGGAGGACCAGAACCAUGGAGAGAUUGUGCUCGACCUGGAGGGGGGCAAGAUAUUUAGCGUGGCACAACACCAGAAUAACCCCAACCUUAACUUCCUGUGCCUGGAGAGCAAAAGAGUGGAGCUCUACCAUCGAGUAGUGGGGAAAGACUCCCCUCUCCCAGAGUACUUAGAGAUGCCCAGUUUUACUACCCCAAGGUACCUGGACCCUAUCAUCUACCCCACUGAACUGGGGGUGAGUAGCGUGAGCGGCAGGGAGACCGAGCUCCAGAUGCUGUCUACUGCCAUCAAAAUCACCUUGGACACCCAGAGGAACGUCAAGGAGUUUCUGGUUGCCCUUCGUCUCAAAGGAGCCACCAUGCGACAUCACAUGACCCAGAUCAAUCAGAGUUGGCAUGAGCAGCUGGUUGAGUUUCUGGACGUCAUCGAUGACCCCAUCCUAGGAUACACACCACCUGCUGUCAUCACUGUCCUGCAUACACACCUGGCAACCUGCGCUGUGGACUACAGACCCCUGUAUCUGCCACUGAGAGUGCUCUUCACAGCCGAGUCCUUCUCUCUGUCCAGCAACAUCAUUGUUGACACGGCCACCUUCCACCUAAGAUUCAUCCUGGACAACUCCGCGCUCUACCUGUCUGACAAGUUUGAGACCGACACCGUCGACCUGAGGAGAGACUACAUCUGUGUCCUGGACAUCGACCUGCUGGAGCUGGCCAUCACCACGUGGAAGGGCAGUGACACGGGCAAGCUGAGCCAGCCGCUAUUUGAGUUGCGUUGCUCUAACAACGUGGUCCACCUCCACACCUGUGCUGAUUCCUGUGCCUCCUUGGUGAACCUGCUGCAGUACCUUGUCUCUCAGGGGGACCUGCAUCCACCGCCCCGACACACCUCGCCCACAGAGAUUGCCGGCCAGAAAUUACCGCUGUCAGAAAGUCCUGCCUCCCUGCUGCCAUACCCUCCAGCUGAGACAGCUGAGAUCAACCAGUACGAUCUCGCCGAUGCCUUGAUCGACACCGAGAAGAGCCACCGAGAAGACGGAUUGGACUCAGGUUCUCCCACAGUACCUCGGGGCUCACCUGUCUCUGUCUACCUGUUUCCUGGCGAGGCACAGAAACGCCAAUCCUCCAUCCUGCACCGGGAGGAGGAGUCUGAGUUUGAUGGACCAGUGGCCACAGCAACUGAGGCACAGGCAGACAUGAUGUCAGAGGAAGGCUCAGAGGGCUCCACCGACAAUGACGACUUCUGCAUCUUGGAGGCUCCUGGCAUGGGAAUCCCUCCCAGAGAUGGAGAGCCAGUGGUGACGGUGCUUGCCCAGGGACCUAUUCGUGUUAAGGAUGGCCACUUUUCCAGGCCGCGUGGCAGCACAGAUCUGCUCAGGGCACCUAGCCACUUCCCCGUGCCCCAGAACAGGGUGGUGCUGCGAGAGGUUUCCGUCAUCUGGCACCUCUAUGGGGGCAAAGACUUUGGGGGCAAGCCCCUGUCUUUACAUGCCCAGCAUACAAAUAGGAGUCGCUCUGUCCCGCCAGGCAUGCGUGGUUCACCAUCCCGCUCCGUGGGUUCCUCCAGACCCCAGAACUCCUGGCGCUGGGCCGGAGGCAGUGGUCGUCAGCACACGCUGCUCAUGGAGAUCCAGCUUACCAAGGUGUCCUUCCAGCAUGAGUCCUACACAGUGGUGGUACCAGGGCAGGAGGGUGACAUAUCGGCGGGGGACGGCGCUCGGUCGGGUGCAGCCGCUGGCCCGGGUGGGGAACAGCCUCUCUCCAGACAGGUUUUCAUUGUGCAGGAGCUGGAGGUGCGAGACCGGCUGGCGUCCUCACAGAUCAACAAGUUCCUCUACCUCUACACCAGCGAGAGCAUGCCCCGCCGUACCCACUCCAACAUGUUGACGGUGAAGGCUCUGCAGCUGUGUCCGGAGUCUGGCCUUGGUGGACCGGAGUGCUGUCUCAGGGUCAGCCUGCUUCCGCUAAGACUCAACAUUGACCAGGAUGCUCUUUUCUUCCUGAAGGACUACUUCAGUAAUCUGGCCUCCUCCGUUAACCCCUACCUUCCUGUAGACCCAGCAGCUGAAGCCAAGGCAGAGCCCUCCCAGAAGGCCUCUGAGGAGACUGAGUCAGCUGGUGGCCUGGGACCCGACCUCACCUCUUCUGUUGAAACCACCUACAGCGAGCAGAGCUCCUCCUCUGCUGGCUCCACAUCCUCGUCUGACCAGCCCAUCUAUUUCCGGGAGUUUCGGUUUACCUCUGAAGUGCCUAUCUGGUUGGACUACCACGGCAAACACGUUGCCAUUGAGCAGGGAACGUUUGCAGGGAUUCUGAUUGGCCUGGCCCAGCUGAACUGCUCCGAGCUGAAGCUGAAGAGACUCUGCUGCAGACACGGUCUUCUCGGUGUAGACAAGGUGAUCCAGUAUGCUGUUACAGAAUGGCUGUCUGACAUCAGAAAGAACCAGCUGCCGGGAAUUCUGGGAGGUUUGGGCCCCAUGCACUCUGUCGUUCAGCUGUUUCACGGAGUGAGGGAUCUGUUCUGGAUGCCCAUAGAGCAGUACAGGAAAGAUGGACGCAUUAUCCGAGGCCUCCAGAGGGGGGCAGCGUCCUUCGGCACCUCUACAGCCUCGGCUGCUCUGGAGCUUAGCAACAGGCUGGUGCAGGCCAUACAGGCCACAGCAGAGACUGUGUACGACAUCCUGUCUCCCACGCCGCCCCUCACGCGCUACGCCAUCACAGAGGGCCAGCCCCCCUCCAGCCGGCCCCGCAGAGCUCCCCAACCCGCCGACCUCCGCGAAGGUGUGGUCAAGGCCUACGACACCGUCCGCGAGGGGGUGAUCGACACCGCUCAGACCCUGUGCGACGUGGCGUCCCGCGGCCACGAGCAGAAGGGUAUUCCAGGUGCCGUGGGCGGCGUUCUGCGACAGAUCCCACCCACCGUGGUCCGUCCCCUGAUCGUGGCCUCCGAGGCCACCUCCAACCUGCUGGGCGGCAUGCGCAACCAGAUCAAACCGGACGCGAGGAAAGAGGACUUCUUAAAGUGGCGCACGGAGGAGAGCCAAGAGUGAUCGCCUGUGUGUUUGCAUGUGUGUGUGUUUGUGACGAUGCUUUGGGAGGGAAUCAAGGGAUUGAACGUGUGUGUGUGUGCGUGUGUGUGUGUGUGUGUGGGUUUGUACGUACGGUGUGGCAACGACCGACUGAGGGUUUGUUCUAAUGCAAAAUUAAAGACUCAACUACUACUGCCAUGACCAAGGCCCAGUAGUUCACAUGGCUCCGUAUUAGUGCACACACUUAGCUUACACCCUUGUUUCUUCAUGAUGCAGUCACAAAGAGCUCAGCAACCCCCCCCUCCCCCACGUCUCUGGUAUAUAGAUUCUCCUCCUCACCCCCUUCACCCACUAUAGUAUAUAGAUUCUCCUUAUCACCCCCUUCCCCCACUACAUCUCUAGUAUAUAGAUUCUCCUCAUCACCCCCUUCCCCCACUACAUCUCUACUAUAUAGAUUCUCCUCUUCACCCCCUUCCCCCACUACAUCUCUAGUAUAUAGAUCAUCACCCCCUUCCCCCACUACAUCUCUAGUAUAUACAUUCUCCUCAUCACCCCCUUCCCCCACUAUAUCUCUAGUAUAUACGUUCUCCUCCUCACCCCCUUCCCCCACAUCUCUAGUAUGUAGAAUCUCAUCACACCCUUCCCCACUAUAUCUCUAGUAUAUAGAUUCUCCUCUUCACCCCCUUCCCCCCCAUAUCUCUAGCAUAUAGAUUCUGCUCCUCACCCCCUUCCCCCCAUAUCUCUAGUAUAUAGAUUCUCCUCCUCACCCCCUUCCCCCCAUAUCUCUAGUAUAUAGAUUCUCCUCCUCACCCCCUUCCCCCCUAUAUCUCUAGUAUAUAGAUUCUCCUCCUCACCCCCUUCCCCCCAAUAUCUCUAGUAUAUAGAUUCUCCUCUUCACCUCCUUCCCGACUACAUUUCUAGUAUAUAAAUUCUCCUCCUCACCCCCUUCCCGCACUACAUUUCUAGUAUAUAGAUUCUCCUCAUCAUGCAGACAUCGCUGUAGCUCUCUGCUCAAGUCACCGGCAUAACAGAUAAAAACUCUGUGUUGUUUAAAAAUAUGCCAAUCAGCGACUAGCCCCGCCCAUCUGCGUACACGAGGGUCAGUAAUUUGGGGGGGGGUUGGAAUAUGUCCACAUGUGGGGGUACACCUCCCCCACACCAGAACAGUGAAGACAUCGAUGACUUUAGAGAAGGUUCCUGUGACUAAAAGCCUUACACAGGUUGUUAGGACUGUCGGCUUUUCACCCUGACCUCACAACAGCUACUUCCCAUAAUGCACCCUUCCCCCUAGUGUGGUCAUUUGUGCCAUAAAACUUGCUGAGUGUCCUUUGUUUUUUUCUUAUUUGGAACUAGUUUGUGUUGCCUCCAGAUCCUGUCAGCGUAAUGCGUACCGUCUCGUAUUCAUUCAUGUACUCGGUUAUGCCGACUGGAGGAACCAGUUCAGACAGAUCCUCAUGAGGACCGUAGCACGGUGAGUCUUCCUCAUGCUACAUAGAGGUUAACUAUAGCUCCAUCGUUUCCAUGGAACACUGUCUACAGACCCACAGCACAACGGCCUGCUGAUGGCAGCACCUUGCUCUCUUACUGAUGCCCCUUUUCCACUACAUGGUACCAGCUCCACUCGACUUGUUCCUUUUCUAUUCCUGGAAAGUACCGGCAUGUUGGUAACUGUUACCACUUUUCGGGUACCGCCUUUGUCCAGGUUCCAAAGAAACUGGCACGGGUACCAAAGUCAAUGCAGACCAGCUACACUGAGGAGUACUGCUACGGUGAUGGAGAACAACACUCUGCGAGUCCAGUCCAGUCGAGCCGGUACCAUGUCGUGGGAAAGGGGCAUUGGAAGCACUUCACCAUACUUUGUGUCUCUGUUGCGUUCAGAUCCCGUUUCUGUCAGGCGAUCGGAGACUCGUUCUGGCCUUUGAGUUAGCCCGCCAUGCCUCCAGAGCCACCGCCCACUUCUUAGCUGCCUUUAUUUCUAAUUUCAUGCUUCUGUUUUGUUUCCUUUUUCUAAUUUUGUUAAACAUUAGUGUCAUACUCAUUUAUGUGAAGCAGGUGGAUGCGGUGGUGACGGAAGAAGGCAAACUGGGGUUUGGUCGUAAAAGCAUUUUACAUUUUUAUCUUUUUUUGUUUUUGUUAAGUGCAAGGGAUUUUUGUCCCAGUGCGCAUGUGUAAAGGAAUGUGUGUGUGUGUGUGCUUGAGAGGAUGAGUGUGUGCACAUGCACACUUGAUGCAUGUUGUGGGGGAGACGAGUAGGUGAUACUUGUAAAGCCUCUUGUGUGUAAUUACUAUUUACUAUAUCAUAAACUGUAUAAUACAAAGACAACGAGUCAACAAAAUUAAUACAAAAAUAAAAACGUGAUUAUAAAAA